GAGCGGGCGUUUAGAAAUCACGAGAAAGUAACAAUGCAGAAAUGUCUUUUUUUAUACUGACUGUUGUCAAAACGUCUACAGUUUGGAGGAGAUGAAAUCUGCGUGAACAGUCAUCAAGUCACGAGACACGGGUGAAAUGAGGCACUGUCUGUGUAACUGCAGUGCAACAGUCUUCUGAGUUAUGAUGGAAACCAUUCAGGAUGCUGUACAGGCGCAGCCUACAACUAAAAUGGAGGAGCGAGAGGCUCUGAUCCUGGAACUACAGGAUGUCAUCACUGAGCUACACCAGGACAUGUCUCUGAAAGGACAGCACGAGCUCCAGCAGCUUCAGCAGCUCCUUCAGCUGGAGGCCAAAGUCAAAGAGCUUCAAGAGCAGGUGCAAGGUUCAGAGGGGACUAUAGUGCAGCUGAGACUAGAGUUGGCAAAGAAAGCAGAGAGCAGCAGUGCCACACUGAAUGUCGCUUCCAGUGAUUUCACCAACCUCAGAGGAACAGAGCUGUUGAAAAGUGAGUUGUCACGUCGGGACGCGAGCAUCCAAAGGCUCCGGCAAGACCUGCUUCUCUCUCAUCAGGCCCGUGACGCCCAGAGCGUUCAGCUGGACGUCCAAGAGCAGAGACUGUGGGAUCUGCAGAGAGAGCUGCAAGAAAGCCAGCAGGAGCUCCAGAGGGGAAACGACCGCUACCAGCAGCUUCACGGGCAGCUACAAGAUGCCAGGAAGCAAGAUCAGGAGCUUCAAGCUCAGCUCUCAGAGGUGAAAGGGAAUCUGGUGAAGCUAGAGAAUGAAGGUCUCCUGGGAAUCAAAAAACACCAGACCACUGAGGUGGAGAGAGUCACUGCAGAGCUUGGUUUGGUUCAGUCCACGGUGGAGCAAAAGAGCAAAGAGGCCCGAGAAGCUAGGAAGAAAUGCCAUGAACUGGAGGAUGAGCUUUCUAUUGUCCGAGCCCACCUGAGCCGGUGCCAGGAAGGAACGCACGGUGCCAAAAACACAGCUGAGCAGAUCCAGCGGCUGGAGGAGGAAGUGUCCAGGCUGAAAUCUCAGCGUGGUUCAGUCAGUCAGCAGGAAUGGUGCCGGCUCCGGAGGGCACAAGAGGAGCUGAAAGAGAGAGAAGAGGAGUGGAAGAAAGACAAAACCUUUCUUCAAGAGCAGCUGGAUGGCGUCAGAGAGGAGCUCCACCGCGCCAACCUCAGGGAAGAAGAGCAUCGGCUGAAAGUGCUGCAGAUUGAUGAACUCCAAAGAGAGGUUGACAAGACGCUGGCAUUGCUUGAAAAGGAGAGAGAGGAUUGCAUAAAGGCCGAGGAGCUGGAACGGCUGAGAGAAGAGCAACUCAAGGACAAGGUCAGUCAUCAAGAAGAAUGGAUCGCAGACCUGCAGAGACAGCUGGAAAAGGCUGGAUUCGACCAGAAGGAGAAAGAGCUAAAGGAAUGGAAAGAGCGCUGGUACUCUGUCUCAGAGAGCCUCGGGCACACACACAUACAGCUCCAGCAGGCCCAGAACAGCCUGGAAAUACAGCAAGAGAAGAACCACAGUCUGCAGGAUGAUGUAGACAAGCUCCAUACUGCGCUGGUGGAAGAACGGUCCACAGUGUCCAGGCUGAAGCAUGAGCUACAGGAAGCAGAACAUCAGAGGGAUCUCCUGGGCUCCGGAGCAGCUGAGCUGAACUGGGACUUCCAGCAGAAAGACUGCAGGCGGCUCGCAGAGCAAGACGAGGUGUCCAGUAGAGAUGAGACGGUUCGGAGGUUGACAGCAGACCUGCGGGCCGCUCAGGAGAAUCUGACCGCUGCACAAGAGGAGAAGGCGGAGCAGAUGCAGCAGGUCAUGUCUAAGGAAGAGGAGGUCGUGGCUCUUCAGAAGGAGGUGAGCAGACUUCAGGAGAUCCUGAAACAGAGAGAAGACAUAAUGGAGAAGAGCAAACACAACACGACACAGCUCCACCGAGAGACAGACUCCCUUUACAGUCAGUGUGAAGUCCAGAAGGAGGAGUUUUGUGAUCUGCGUGAGGAGGUGCAGCAAUGGCAACAGGUGGUGCGGGAACAGAAAGAGAGCCGGGUGAAGGAGGUGCAGGCCCUUGAGGAAGAAAACCAUCUGCAGCAGCACAGAGAUAACCUGGCCUCCUGCAGGGCGGCAGCUCUCCGCAGUCAGGAUGCUGAGCUGACUGAGCUGAAGGCUGGUCUGCUGGAGGCUGAGAAACUGGCCACAGACGCAGAGGCCCGACUGCAACCUCUUAGCGAAUCCCUCGAGCUCUGCAAACACAAGUACCAGGCCUGCCUCAGCAAGAUCGCACAACUGGAGAACACGCUGCAUGGCCGCGAGGAGGACCUGAGAGAGGCCCACAAUCGGGUGGCAGAGAGGGAAGAGCAGGUCCUGCGUCUGAGGGCUCAGGUUGUAGCUGCGCAGGGGGAUCUGCAGGUACACCGAGCCCAGCUGGAGACUGGGGAUGAUGCCCUUGCAGCUCUGAGCCAGCAGCUCCGAGACACACUGAGAGAGCUGGAGCACAGCCGUGAGCGACGACAGGAGUGUGAGCUGCUCAUCAGCACUCUCAGAGACACCGCUGCUGCCCUUCGCCGACAGAUUGACGAGCAAGAAGAGAUGGUAGCGAAGACACAGGCUGAUUUCUCCAUCUACCGUGCCACCCACGUUCACUCCGACUCAGACUACGAAUCCCAGCUGUCCCGCGUUCAGGAACUGGAGCACGCGCUGUUCCAGUCGCUGGAGCGCUGCGGUCAAAGCGCCCAGGAGCUGCGGGUGUGCCAGGUGGAGUUGGCACGGCACCGAGAUUCCAGUGCGGCAGAGGUGCAGCGGCUGCAAGAGCAGGUGAGGAAGCUCCAGGCGGAUGCAGCCGAGGAGGGCCGGAGACGAGAACAGGUUGAUGCUCUGGAACAGAAAGUAGCCCGUCUGGAAAGAGAGCUACAGGCAGCUCAAAGGCAGUGUGACCAGGCUAUACAGAAGAGAGACCCCCUGCUGAGACAGUCCGAGGCUGAUCUUCUGCAGGCGCGGGAGAGGAUCCGAAGCAAGGCGGCGGAGGCGGAGAGGCAGGCCGUCUUCGCUCGCGGGCUGGAAGCUGAUCUGCAGAGAGCCAAGAAAGUGAAAAGGCAGAGGGAGAAAGAGUGCGCCUUGCUCAAAACACAGAUGCUUCAGCUCAGAGAACAACUGAAGGAGGCUCACAACACCUGCAGAGACACGGCCCAGGAGCUGAUGCAGCAGCAGGAGAAAGAGCAGCUGUUGGAGAGAGGUCAGCGUCUGGCUCAGGAGCAGCUCUCAGAGCGUGUGAAGGAGGUGGUGCAGGCAGAGAAAGCCCAGAGGAAACUCCAGGCAGAGCUCAAGAGGAUAACAGAGUGUCUGGAAAGCACCCAACUGGAGCUCCAGGACUCACGGAGGAUGCUGGAGCAGAUGAAGACAGAGGCCAGCAGCAGCAGACAGGAAGCCCUGGGGCUCCAGCAGAAAAAACAGCAGAUUCAGGAAGAGCUGGACAUUAGCAGAGAGACCGUCACAGCUCUGCAGACUAAGCUGUGUGAACAAGAGAAGCUUCUAAACACACAUCAGGAGCGUGUCUGUGAGCUGGAGGCCACCAUCCACAGACUGCAGGAAGAGGAAGUGAACAGCCAGAAUCGGCUGCAACUGUGCAGGAGAGAUUUGGAGACCAAAGAUGAACAAGUGCAGAAGCACUACCAAGAGAUGAGCUCUCUGCAGGCGACAGUGUCCAGACUGAAGCUGGAUCUGCAGCAGGAGCAGGAGAGAUGGCGGCAGGGAAUACGAGAGGCAGCCAAGGCCGAUCAGAGAGGAAGAGAGCUGAGGCUGGAGCUCAGCGCAGCACAGGCCUCCCAUAAAGAGUAUAUGGAGCUGCUGGCUGAGUACAGUCGAGAGGUGACGGCCCAGAGGAGCGAGCAGGGCCGUCUGCAGCAGUGCCUGAUCCAGCUGACAGAGGAGAGGGAGUCUCAGGAGGAGCGAGUUAGGCAGAUGAGCGCAGAUCUACAGAGAGCGCACAAUGAGAGCAGGUGCUCUCAGGAGGAGGCCCGGGCGUGUGAGGGGCGUCUGGCGGAGCUGCAGACCCAGCUGACGCGCUCACUGCAGUGGACAGAGGCCAGAGACCAGGAGGUGCUCGUGCUGGAGAUAGAGAUGGCCUCUCUCAGAGACAACUACACCGCUAAAGCAGCUCAGGUGGAGGCUUUGCUCUCACAGAUGGACGCUGUCAAUCAGAAGUACAGCACAGCUGUGUGUGAGGCAGAUGUUCUGCGGCAGUGUUUAGGAGACGCACGGAGUGACAGCUCUCGACUUCACAGGGAAAGUGAGCUGGUCGUGACCAACGUCAACCAGUGGGUGAAGGAGCAAAAGCACACUAAUGAGAAACUGGCACUCAAGAUCAAAGAGCAGAGCAGGAAGAUCAUCCACCUGACAGCCGAGAGAGAACACCUUCAGGAGAAUGCGAAGGGUUUACAGGGGGAAAUCAGGAGGCUGAAAGCAGAGCUGGAUAAAGAGAGAAUGGAAGCAGAGCGACUGAAGAGAGCAUAGGGCUCGACUAAAAGCCUUGAUGAACUGUGGAAGAAUGAGAGAGCUCAUUAUAUCAUGGGAACGUGCCUUAGAAUUCCUCCGUAGCCUUUGACCUUUCAUCUUCCACGCAACAGCGGUCAGACCUUCAGAGCUCUCCGAAGUCAAAAGCCGAGGUUGGAAGACGCCAAAAGCCAGGCAAGAUAGAGAGAGACGCAGCUCUCAUGAAUGAGCGUAAUUAUGAUGGACGUGUCUGGAAAUAAUGGCUGUUCGGUUAAUUGGAGGAGCCCAUUGAAGCAGUAAUGAUCUUGUUUAUGAGGUGGCUGUAAAUAAAAUUGCGUGUCGUUUGUUCUUGCAGUGAAGAAUGAGGCAGAAGAAGAAGAAGAAGAAAGCACUUCUUGAUCACCGGCAAACCUGUGCCCAGCAGUGCCUGAGCGACGCGGAUGGUUUUCUGCAGACAAACACACUUCGCUGAGAGACUAGUGAAUGGAUCUUUGUUUGUUCCUUUCCUGAAACCAGUCAUUGGUCUUGAAAAACGUCUUGAAUAAUCAUCCAAAAGCAACACCGGUUUGCACAAAAAAGAAAGGAAUAGUAGAAUACAGUGUGAUAAAUGUUUAUAAAAAAGGGGAAUCAUUAUGUUCCCGGUCAAAUGUUUUUACUUGAAAUUGUGUGAAUAGUUUCAACACUCUGAAAAUUUAUUUUACGAUUCGGAUUUUUGACCCACAAAUUUCCUGGUUAACGACAGGUGCGUAAACCCAAAUAUUUCACGCAUCUGAUUGAUUUUUUUAUAUUUUAUUUUUGUUGUUGAUGCCAUGCUGUACUGUUUGAGCUUUAGAAAAGAACGCACAUGCACAAUCGAACAUUAAAAUUUAGGGGGGAAAAUCUAAUAUUAUUUAUAAUGUUCACGUUUUAUGAAAAAAAAGAUGUUUUAAAAAUAGUUGUUAGAAUAAAUAAUUGUAGAAAAUUUGUUUUAAAAAAUAUAUUUUACAAACUUUUUUUGUAAUGUGUAAAAAAUUAUAAUGUUAAAUAUUAUAUCGAAUACAUUUCAGAUCAGUUGACCCAGGACAUAGCGAUUACAUCCAGAAUAUUAACAUAAAAGAGAGAAAAAUAGCACUCGCCAUUAUUUAGGGCUUUGACGUUCAUUCAUUUUCAUUUAAAUACAAAGACCACAUACAUGCAGCCAAAAUUAACUUUAAGAAAAACACACACAAAAUAAUUCCCCCUCUUUGCAUCUGCAGAAAGUGUCCAUUACAUAAUUUUCCUAUUUAUUAUUUAUGUCAACUGUCUGACUUCUUUACACUUGGCUUCUUGGCCACUGUACACUUCCUUUCCUUUGUAAUGUCACUAUUGUCUCAUCUUCUGCAUUUCAAAUUAAUAACCUGAUACAAAAACCUGUGCUUUCUGUUUUUCUGCGCGAAAUCAUCAGGUACAUCAUUCGCAUAUAAAUCACGACUCGCAUUGUCAUUUUGUUUGACAGAUAUAGAGUACACCACCCUUGAAAAGCAGCGGCAGAAAGUAAUUGCUGUCGUGAGGUCACUCAGGUCACUAUACAUCGCUGAUCCAGCAAAAACUAGUCUAAGAUGGUUUGCUGGUCUAAGCUCAUUUAGGAUUACCUCUAAGGCUGACCAUGCUGGUCUUCAACUGGUGUCUUCCAGCCAAAAAAAUACCUAAAACCAGCAGAGCAUCUUAAUACUGUUUUUCCUGCAUUAGCCAUCAAGGCUUUCUUAAUCAACAAGCUUCACCAGCCCCUGAGAAACACUGAAGAGCACAAACAAACCUGGGCCAGCUUGAGACUUCACGUCUUAACUGGACUUUUCAUCUCGGCGCUCAUCGUAGAAAUGAUUAAAUCACUUCUGACGCCCCUCGUGUUCGUUUCUAUACCGACAUCGGCUGCUGAUUUAUUUUUGUCUUUCAAAUUAAAUUUGCUGACGUGCGAUAUUUCAUUUUUAAUGAACAUUCUACUGUGAAUUUUGUGCCUAGUUACAUUUCUGGUGUACGGCGACGAACGCGAGCGUGAAUUCUACCGGCAGGUAAAGUUUCAAUGCUGCUUCUGUCAUAGUUUGUGGUUUAAAAAAAGUUAUGCUGGUACAUUAAUCCAUCCUGUAAUAUUACCUCAUGUGACUGAUAUCCUAAUGCCAUUUUAAUGGAUUUUACGUUGAAAGCAAUGAAAAGAUUGUCAUAUUAUUUAGCCAGCAACAUUAAUAGCACUUUUAGAUGAUUAAAUAAAGCCAUGCCUCAUUCUCUAUGUCAUCGUGCGUUUCCUAUAAACGCCAAUCACUCAAUAAACCUGACACCUGUUUGUAUUUGGCAGCUUUUUUUAACUAGCCAGGAUUAAAUGAAAGCAUUUCAGCGGAUGACUGGAAGCAAACGAUCUAUUUCCUUGCGCGUCGAUGCUAUUAAGAGUAAAACCGUCCUGCUUGAGCUGCACUGAUAGCUGCGCUCCGCUCACACACGCAUGUGGAGAGCGUGGAGCCGAUUGAGGGCUUGUUUGAAGUGUUCUGAGUCCCGAGUGACAAGCUGUGAAAUCAAUAGACAACAGUCAAUACCCAACACUUAAGGUGCCUGAUGAAAAAAAAAAAAAAAAAAGAACGCCGAUAAUUGUUAUUAAUUCUCCGAUUUUCCCAGAGCACUGUUUAAGGCCAAUUCUAGUGAAACAGACUUCUCAAACACAAUGGUGCCCCGAAGCUACGCAACCGUAAUCAUGCAAAACAAGGUUGUGAUUAUGUUGCAAAUAAUGAGGAAGGACUGCGAACAGCAGUGAACAAUAGCGUAAGUAAUAAGUGGGUCAUAUGCGUUCGUGUAGCGCUGUUGAUCUUCGCACAUCUCAUUUUCAGGCUCGUCUAUGAGUGGGUUGUGUUCCAAGUAAGGCAAUGAAGCAACUUCAUUCAAGACGCGUUAUAGACAAGUCUGGUAAAAAAAGCGACAGUUUCAAAAAAGUCGUGAUAAAAAGGGAUGAAGGUAAUGUAUGAAUAACAUUCUGAUUGAAACCAUUUUUUAUGCCCCUCUCCUCGAACCCAGAUGAGCCAAUGGCAGUCGAGUAUCAGUUGCACGGAGAGUGAAACUCGGACACUUUACGAUCCAGUGAAGCAACUCUGGUAGCUCACAUAACAAAGAUAACAUGACCAAUGUGGUACGUAUAGAUUAUAUUGGACACGCACAUUCAUACCAGAUCCUCUGAUUCAUAAAAUGCAGGACAAAAUAGGGACCUACUCUAUGAUUUUUGACAGCGUGUCAGUUUACAUCAAUAGUGGAUUUUCUGAAGUUGCUUCAUUGCGUCAGUAGAUGGCGACUUUCUCAAUAAUUAAUCCUAUCAAACCAUACAUCAAUGGAAAGCGUCUUUAUUCGGCCCAUUUUAAAAUAGGUAGAAUAGAAUAAUAUUGCGCUCGUACACUAAAGAGAGCAAAUAUAUAUACAGCAAAAAGUUUUUGCAAAGAUUUCACAACAAAACGACAAGCGAGUCACGAUCUGAAGUGUGCAUCAAAUACGACGGAGGCUUAAACGCAGGAAUUUAGGAAAUGACUCUUCUGGAUCUUAUUGCCAUUUUCAACAAGUCUCUCGAGUCGGUUAACGGCGCGACUGAAUGUUUUCAGACAUUUCACUUCAUAAGGACAGUGGACACGGUCGGUUCCCGUUCAAAGCUGAAAUGGAGACUCGCUCCUUAUUGCUUUUCUGUUUGUUGACAAUGACAAAUACAUGACACGACCCCUCCCUCUUUAGUCGCCCCCUAAAUCUCAGAGCGGAGGGCAUCUGCUCCAAACCCGCCCCGGAAAAUGAACGGGCUUCGAGACCCGAAGCAUCCUGGGAUCCCGAGCUCAUUCUGUGAGGUGAGGUUUUACUCUUAAGCCACCGGCUCAUAUUCACACUGACACCGAGGCCAUUAUAAUUCUCUCCAUCAUCACAAAGACCUUCAGCGGAAAUCUCUUGUAAAGAUGACUGCUGGCACUGCCAUUCAGGAAGAGGAUUUUAAAAUGUCAGCCAAUAUCAGAGAUUUGCCUCAUUAAAGAGGGUCGAGGGGGGGGGGUUUUCCUAAGACCAUCAUGAGAGGGAAGAGUUCAGGGGAAAUAUAGUGUAUAGUGGUCCAUCUAUUAUUUCAUAAUGCUAAGAACGCUAACAACUCUGUGUACUCUACAGCUGGAUAGGGUAAAACAUUCAACUAAUAGAUAUGAUCAGAAUUUCCCCAGCGCACAAUUUUGUACUUAAUAUACUAAAAAUGAUUCAAUACUUCUUAAGAUCAUCUAAGUGUGCUUUUGAGACAUGAAUACGUACUAAAAUGCACUCUUAACAUACUAUGUUUGCUUUUAAAAGUGUAUUAAGUUACCACUUGUAGCGCACUUAAACCAAACUUCCUACUAUAGUACACUCAAGUGUCAAGUCAAGACAUGGAAGAUCUCAAAACUGACCUAAAAGUGGUUUAGCCGUUACUAUGAUCGGUGACCGCAAGUAAUCGGUUAGCAUCAUGUAAUGUGUAACCUAUCACACCCUUGUGAUGUUCGUGAAAAUGCUUUGCAAAACGAAGAAAACAAACACUCAGCGAAGGACAUUUUAUCACGCAGGGUCAUCAGUCGUAAUUAUUAGCUCACCUCUGUCCGAUGGGCGUCUGAUUAAAUGUCCCCUGGCUGUGGUGAACAACUGAAUUCUGAGAUGUCUGUCGAGCUCACGCCAGUGGAUCUCACCAGGAUUUUACUGAAGUCUGGAAUAU